UGACAAGGAUGGCUGAGGGAGCAGAUUUAGAGAGGGGCUCUGGUCAUAAAGGUGUGCCUACCCCAGGACUCUUAAGCCACUGUCCAUUUCUCCCUUUGAGAAGAAUGGCUCUUCACUCUUGUGGGAAAUUCGGAGUAGGCCUGGGAUAUGGCCAGACUUUGAGGGUACGGGGGUGGCUGCUCGGGAAUCAGGAUCUGGGCCCACAGGAAGGAGCACUUCAUAACUAUCUUCUCCCCAUCGGUCUAAACAAGGACAAACAUUUCCGCUCCCUGAGCAGAGAUAGGGUGGGGCUUGGCUGACUUCCUCAGCUCUGGGCUGCCUUAGCUCAAGGGAAGGAAGGAUGAGAGAUGGUGGGCUCCCACUCUGGACUGAGCAUCGAGCCUCCUGACCCCGGCUGACCCAAGUACUCUGGGACUUGUCCCUAGCUGGCCACAGCCCAUGUGUUGCAUUUCAGGGAUGCCAGAGGCCAUGAUUCUUCUGUCAGAGCUGACACCUCCUCACCUGACCCCUCUCUAAGAGGAACGGGACUUCCUCCUCCCAAAAAAAGCCCUGUCUGGGCCCUGAAAACCCGUCAUGAGAGUGAGAGUUUUCUCUGUUGAGUGGUGUUCCCCAGACUUGGUUAACCUGAUCCUGGCCCUGUGUGCACGUGGGUGGAAGGGGAGGAGGGGCAGGGAGUUUGAACUCUGAACCCAGAACAGGCGGGGUCUAAGACCCUCCGACUCUGCUUAGGGCCCCUCUGAAGUCUGAAGUUUUCCCUGGACCUGUGAGAGGUGGGCGGGGCCUCCUCAGGCCAGGCUCCAGUUUCCGUGGAAACCCACAGGCUUCCCACCCCAGCGGCUGCCUGGGCAGGCUCCCAGCUGGGCUUUGUCGGCAGCCAGCCUCUCCUCCCUGUUUGGUCAGCUCCAUCUCGGCCUCUCUUGGUCACCUUCCUGAGUCCCCAUCCCCAAGCCGAGCCUCUGGCCUCCUCCACCAGCCUCUGAUGCCUUUGACCUGGGCCUCUCCUGCCCCAUCCCUAAACUUCAGCUUCUCAGCAAACAGGCCUCCCAAACUCCUGCCCCUCCCUCCCAGGCCUUUCUAGUCUCCUCACCAGAUGUAGGGGCUGGCCAGGCCUCCUGCUCCUUCCCACCUACCACCUCCCACAUACCAACAGACAAUAGGCCUACUAGGCUAUUCCACCCACUUAUUCCCCUGCCUCACCCCACUCAUGGAGAACCCAGGACUGGUUGUGCACGGGGAGGCUGCGCCUUUUUCCACAGCACUCCGAAGCCUCGUCAACAAUCGCCUAUACAGUGAUGUUCGCUUUGUGGUUGGUCAAGAACGGCAGGAGGUGUUUGCCCACCGGUGCUUGUUGACCUGUAGAUGCAACUUUUUCCAGCGACUUCUGGGCCAGGAGCCAGGCCCCGGGGUGCCUAGCCCUGUGGUGCUCAGCACUGUGCCAGCCGAGGCCUUCCUGGCAGUGCUGGAGUUCUUGUACACCAACAGUGUCAAGCUGUAUCGCCACUCUGUGCUGGAGGUGCUGACAGCAGCUGUGGAGUAUGGGCUGGAGGAACUGAGAAAGUUAUGCCUGGAGUUUGUGGCGAAGGUGUUGGAUGUGGAGCUGGUUUGUGAGGCCCUGCAGGUGGCCGUAACCUUUGGCCUGGGACCACUGCAGGAGCGUUGCAUAGCCUUCAUAGAGGCCCAUAGCCAGGAGGCGCUUCGGACCCGCGGCUUCUUGGAGCUGUCGGCGCCCGCGUUGCUGCCUCUGCUGCGCAGUGACAAGCUCUGCGUAGACGAGGCUGAACUCGUCCUGGCAGCCCGGAGCUGGGCGCGCGUGGGCGCGGCGGUGCUGGAGCGGCCUGUGGCCGAGGUAGCGGCCCCGGUGGUGCGAGAGCUGAGACUGGCCUUACUGGCCCCAGCGGAGCUGAGCGCCCUGGAAGAGCAGAACCGGCGGGAGCCGCUGAUCCCGGUGGAGCAGAUUGUGGAGGCGUGGAAGUGCCACGCUCUGCGAAGAGGGGAUGCAGCCCGAGGUGCCCCGUGCCGCCGCCGGAGGGGUACCCUGCCCCGGGAGCAUCACCGCUUUCUGGACCUGCCCUUUAAAUGACCAAAGGCUACGUCCUGCAAGGAAUGCUGGGCUUGUCCUAAACUACACCUCCCGACACGCUCCGCGCUGGGAGCGGCUCCCAGCAUGCUGGGCGAGCCCGACGCGAGAAGGACCGCGAUCUGCUUAGCGCAACGCCCUGUGGGUGGGGCCGAGGAGGAGGGGAGGAGGGGAGGAGGGGAAGAGGGGAAGAGGGAAGGAAAGAGCGUGACUUUGGGCUGGGCCCAGUUCCCAGGAAAAACCAAAUACGAUUGUGAGCCGGGCGGGGGCAAGGAAAAAAAAAAUGCGAUUUCCCUCGCACCAUACCCUCCCUAGGUCUACACCAGUUCCUAGACGCUGUCGCCGCCGUUUACUAUUCUAAGCACGUCAUAACUUUUCAGCUCAGCCCCCUCUUUAAUUCCAGACCUUUUUCCUGGAGAGUGCUUUCCGCAUGCCCCACAGACACCUCGGUCUUAGUCCAAAAUUGAGCUUCCUCAUCUUUACCCGGUUCUGACCUCAUUGCGUUUCUCAUCUCCGUGGAUGCCCAAGCCAGAAACCUGGAUCUCACCCUGGAAGGAAAUCUCCAUUUGUAAGGAUGCCUCCCUCUCUAUUCCAAGAAAAGGAUGACUAACUCAAGAGAAUCUUAGUGGAAAAGGCACCCAACUGAACUCCGCCAAACGAACCUCACCCUUGUGUACCGUGCUUUUCUUGGUGGCAUUCUGGUAACUGGUUUUUCCCUCACUUUUUUUUUUUUUUUUGUCUUUAGCUGAAGAUGGUAUUUAAGCUGGUAUUUCAGGUCAACUCAAAGAGGUACUCAUUUUUUCCCUGGGUAUCUCCCAUGUAUACAUGAGAUAUACAUGUUAAUAAACUUCUGUUUGUUUUU